AUGGUGAAGGGCAAGCAGGACCGAAAGGCACGCAACGCCAUUAAUGAAGUUGUUACUCGUGAAUACACUAUCCACAUGCAUAAAAGGAUCAAGGGAAUUGGAUCCAAGAACCGCGCUCCUCGCGCCGUUGACGAAAUCCGGAAGUUUGCCAAGCAACAGAUGAAUACCGAGGAUGUUCGCAUUGAUACGAGGCUUAACAAGUUUGUGUGGUCUAAAGGAAUCAAGAACGUGCCGUUCCGUGUUCGCGUCCGCUUGUCAAGACGCCGCAAUGAAGAUGAGGAUUCUGUUCACAAACUCUACACCUUGUGCACAUAUGUCCCUUGUACCAACUUCAAAGGUCUUACGAAUGUGAAUGUUGAUAGUGAAGAGUAA